AUGCAUGAGGCGCUGUUUGAUAGUAUGCCGGGCAAGAGGUCCUCCGAGCAGGACGCCUUUGAUGAUUUCGCUCUUGAACUUUGCGCAGGUCUUGAUCCUGUCCAUCAAUUUUCUGCAAUCACAGAUCUUGUGAGCUUCACUGUGAGACUCGGUGGUGAUCGUCCCACACAUUCACAAGAGGAAACACUAGAUCAAGCAGUUUUCGACAGAACCAAGUAUUCGUUGCAAAAGCUUCGACACUUCCGUUUCAUGGUGAUGGGACUAGUUGUCAGGGCUCUCAGCAAUCGGAGAUUAUUUGAGAAGCUUGGAGAAAUGGACGACGGCUUUUUGUACCACGCAAUGCUUCCAGUUGGUAGAUGUUUGAUGAUGUCAUCAGUGGAAUUGGAUGAGUUCAUCGCCGGUGAACGGAGUCUAGCCGAAGAAACUGAAGAUCAGCAAACCCUCCGUUACUGGAUAGCUUUAUCGGGAAGAGCUGAAACGGUGUCCGAAAAAUUGCGUCAUCUCUUGCCAGGCGAAGUGGCUGCAACGGUUAUUACCGAUAUUCUGGAGGACGAUAAUGCCGACUCAAGGAUGCGUGAGAAAGCUCUUCAACUGGCGAAUUCUAAAUUGAUCCAUGAUGGGUACUUUUCUGUUGAAGGUGGCAUUAGUGUACAGCUCCUCGAAAGGAUGGCAGCUGUUCUCAACAAGUGGAUCACAAAGGACCGAAGAGGUCACGAACAAGCUUCUGAAUACCAAACAGUCGAUGAGUGUCUGAUCGGCAACAUCUUACUCCUUUCUGGAGAACUGAUAAGAUCUCUGAACAUGAAGUCUACUAUGGUGUCGGCCGUUCCAUUGCUCAAAACGUGUCUCAGCAUAUUGAGAAAUUGUAUUUCUGACGACAAG